CUCGCGAUCUUUCAGGGGGAUUUCUCGUGUGUCCGCCAUCCCUACGGUUCUUUGCAGAAGGGCACAGAGAGGCCGAAACAAGGCUGCCCGGUGGAGCAACAACUCGGCACUUUCAACCUUCAAACAUGCUGUCCAGGCUCGUUUUUGUUUCAGCCAGUUCCCUGAAAGGCAGUGGCCCCCUUGGAGCUGGCCUGGUCCAGGCAUCUCGCUCCCUGCAGACAUCAUCCCAGAGUCUGGCCCCAGUGCCCCCUCUUCCAGAGAAAGGAGGAAAAGUCCGUCAUGGCAUCAUCCCAGAGGAGCUCUUCCAGCUCCUGUACCCCAAAACUGGAGUCACAGGACCUUACAUGCUGGGCACUGGCCUCCUCCUCUACAUGCUUUCCAAGGAAAUCUACGUCGUGAACCAUGAGACAUUCGCUGCCGCCUCCAUAGGCGCCGUCAUCAUCUAUGGUAUCAAGAAAUUUGGUCCCAGCGUUGCAGCUUUUGCUGACAAACUGAAUGAGGACAAAGUGGCCAAGGCUCAGGAGGUGAAGGACCUCGCCAUGUCCAGCCUGGCUCAAGCCAUCGAGGAUGAGAAGAAGGAACAGUGGAGAACAGAUGGAAGAUCAAUGCUCUUUGAUGCAAAGAGGAACAAUGUGGCCAUGCUGUUGGAGACCAACUACAGAGAGAGGCUACACAUGGUGACCAAUGAGGUGAAGAGGCGCUUAGAUUACCAGAUCGGCCUGCAGAACCUCCACCGCCAGAUGGAGCAGGAGCACAUGGUCAACUGGGUUGAGAAGAGCGUUGUGGGCAGCAUCACUCCCCAGCAGGAGAAGGAGAGCAUCGCCAAGUGCAUCACAGACCUGAAGGCUCUGGCCAAGACCACUCAGGCCAAGGCUACAGCCUAAACUGUCAAGUCUUCAGAGAAGGCCGCUCUAACCCCUACUCAAUGUCCUAAGACGAGACGUUCACUUUUCUUUACAGAAUAAACUAUUCCCUCUUUAAAGAUUGUCUCUGUCAAUAUUAUGGGUGUGUACAGUAUUUACACGUCAGUUGAUGGUAAAAUAAAUGGUUCUCUUAUUCAACUUCAA